AUGGAUCCGUCGGAGUAUUUCGCCGGCGGUAAUCCUUCCGAUCAACAGAAUCAGAAACGGCAGCUUCAGAUCUGUGGUCCUCGUCCUUCACCUCUAAGCGUUCACAAAGACUCACACAAGAUUAAGAAACCUCCAAAACACCCUGCUCCUCCGCCGCAACAUCGCGACCAAGCUCCGUCAUACGCCGCUCGAGAGCCGGUGGUUAUCUACGCCGUUUCUCCGAAGGUCGUACACACCACAGCCUCCGAUUUCAUGAACGUCGUCCAGCGACUAACCGGGAUUUCCUCUGGGGUUUUCCACGAAUCCGGAAGCGGCGGAGAUGUUUCGCCGGCGGCGAGAUUAGCCGCGACGGAGAAUGCUAGUCCGAGAGGUGGAAAGGAACCGGCGGCGAGAGAUGAGACGGUGGAAAUCGAGACGGUUAUGGAAGAAGCAGCUGAAUACAGUGGUUAUGCGCCGGGAAUACUCUCGCCUUCACCGGCUAUGUUGCCGACAGCUUAUGCCGGAGUGUUCUCACAAGGUGGGAUGUAUUCGCCGGCGAUACCACCGGGAUUAUUUUCGCCGGCGGGAUCAAUGAGUCCGUUUCUUAUGUAUAGUCCUGGUUAUGCAAGUUUAGCUGCUUCUCCAACUUUUGCUGAUGUUUUGAGUCAUAUUUGGGAUCCUUAA